AUGGUGUCUUUUGACGUCGUCUCACUCUUCACGUCCAUACCACAGACCCUUGCGGUCGAAACGCUCAGUGACCUGCUACGUCAAAAUUACGACGGAGGCGAUGGCCAGCCCACAGCUCAGGAUCUCAUAGAACUCAUGGGGCACUGCCUCAAGACAUUCUUUACCUUCGAAGGGACCACAUACGAGCAGAUCAAGGGCACUCCAAUGGGUUCACCAAUCUCCGGACUCAUUGCCGAGGCGGUUCUACAAAAACUCGAGAGACGACUAUUCGAGGAGUACAAACCCAAGUUUUGGGCACGCUACGUUGAUGACACCUUCGUGAUCAUAGACCAGGAUAAAAUCAACUACUAUGCGGAAGUACUGAACUCAAUCAUGCCCGAUCUACAGUUCACGAUGGAAGAGGAAGUCGAGGACAAACUUCCAUUCUUGGAUGUUCUCGUCUGCCGCCAACCAAAUGGCGAACUAGCGACGUCGGUCUACAGAAAACCGACGAACACGCUGCAAAUUCUCAGCUACAACAGCAACCACCCGCCACAACACAAACGAAGCUGUGUCCGCACGCUGUACCGACGGGUAGAAACUCAUUGCAGCACGCCAGCCGCCAAACUGAAUGAGAUAAAGCUCCUCCGAGAACUUUUCAGAGCCAUUGGCUAUCCACGGGCAUUCAUUGAACGAAGCCGGAGGCAGCCAAAGAAACGGAACGAGGAGCACAGUCAGCCAAACUCGUGGCGGAGCAUUCCGUACAUUAAAGGGGUCUCCGAAGUCGUGGCUCGAUCACUCGCGCCACUCGGAAUACGUGUUGCCCACAGGCCUGACUCAACAAUCCGCCGGCAAGUGAUGCGGCCGAAAGAUUCGAUCCCUAAGCAGGAGAUGUCGGCCGUUGUCUACCGACUCCAAUGCAGCUGCGGAAGUUGCGACUACGUUGGGGAAACCGGCCGACGGCUGCAAACGCGAAUGCACGAGCAUAAGUUGGCCGUGCGAAGGUUGGACCCAAAGUCGGAGGUAGCAACCCAUGCCGCGCAAAUGGGACACAUCUUCAACUUUGACGCCGUUGAGAUUGUGGGCCGGGGCGGCAAUCACACAGCAAGGCAAGUGCAAGAAGCCUGGAUGUCCACCGACCGCUCUGUCAACCGCCACAUCAAUUUGCCUCCCCCUUAUCUGACUUUACGAACCUUCUUAGCGGGGGACAGUCACGGCGCGGGACAAUCGGGGCCGUCAGUCAUCACCGCGGCCGACGGGGGCGAUUCAGGUCACGGUUACAUGCGGGUUGGAUGCAGCCACACAGGCGGCAUUGGCGGAUCACGCAUUGGACAAAGGGCGCCAUAA